AUGAAGAAACGGGCUCCACCAAAUCCAACGAGCGCCAGCACUUUUUUUUUUUGGCAGCUGCUUCCUACCACGGCCGCGUCAUGUUCAGCCGCAGCGCAGACGGACGGCGGUGACGGUGUGGACACCGGCGAGUCGAUGAGGGAGGCGGUCGCGGCAGUUCUUAAGGAAUCAUUUACGCCGUCAGAAACGACAGGGUUGUGGCAGCGCUGCAUAGAAGAAGAGCAGGCCAAUUCCGAGACAAUUGAAAGCCUACUGGAUGUCUCCUGGAAGCGGGUUGAGGACGUCAUUGCGAGAAACAAACGGCGUCGUUGUGUCAUCGAGGAGGAGUUGCCUCAGAGCCUGGCGGAAGUGGACACGUACCGCUUUUGGACACCCGACAUGGCGGCGGCGCGCUUCCACUUUCCCAGGCCGGAGGAGUUUGGGCUGCGCACGACCGAGACCGUCGGGGCGGGUGGAGAGACCGGCGCCGAUGUUUUGCCGGCGGACACCACAGAACAGGCAUCUCAUGACAUGAGCUCCUCGAACGCAUUACCCGGCGACUCCUCUUCACUUGUUUUGCAGCCUACGCCGCCAACAACGCCUACGCCUUCGGCUGCUGCCACGGAUCCGACGAUGCCGGGGAAACACAGGGCAAAUGCAUGGAGGAGGACGGAUAAGGAGCUGCUUGACCCCACCAAGUCGCCCAACCCUCUGCGCCGUCUUUUUGCUCCCAUUCUUCGACGGCGACAUGAACUCCCCAAGGCACUUACGCUCCUGAUCAACGCCGUCCAGCGUGUUCAAUCAGAGGGGCUUCCCGAGAUUGAGGCGUUGAUUGAGAAGGGCUACCUUCACAUGCCACUCCACCGUUCAUUUCGGCAUAUCUCCUCCUUUAUCACGCGCUACCUUUCAGAGAAUUCGAGAGGCGAGGGUCGAGAGCGUGAAUUUGCUGAGAAUUACAAACCAUCCGCUUUUCGAUUUGAGGAAGCGCGGGAAAAACUGCGAGAAAUGGGAAGCAAACGCGCGGCUGCGCCAUCCAAGUGUGAAAAAGCAGUGGAGAUUGUGUACAGCACACUGCUAACGGAGCUGCGAGAGAGGAAAGUGCUUCAAAAUGACUGCGACAGUGCCUUACAAAGCAUCACAGAUAACACCAACCUGCAGUUAGAUGGGAUGGAGAAGGGUCUGCAGGAUUGUGACAUUGAGUCUCGUCAGGUGCUUGGCGACCUUGAACGAGACGUUUGUGCAUACUUGGAAAAAUUAAAGGAGGCAAUUGAAAGUACCAAGGCUGCCAGAAAAGAGAUUUACAACGAAUAUCAACGUGAUCAUGAUCGUUUGCAUUCUUCUCUAAAUGGUAAAUUAUACCAGUUGAAGAAGAGUGAGGACAUGCAGGAAAAGCUUGCCCGACGCAUUCGGGAGGCCACAAAGGAGUGGCACAUGGAACAGCUUAAGUAUGAGCGUCUCAUGCAGGAGGUUGUUGCGGAGACGCUGGCGCUUCGGCAGCUGGACUGUAGCCACAACCAGCUUGAGGCGCUAUUAGAUGAACGUUUACCCACAGCCGAUUCCGAAAUAAAGCUGCGAUGGGUAACCGACUCCUUGCAGCAGUCAGAGGAGCUACGCUCGGAACUUAUUGCGCAGUGUCGGCAGCACAUUGAACGUCUGAAAAAGGAAGAACACUACCGUCGAUGCCGCAUGGUCGGCUAUGCCAAAGAGAAUGCGCUGUGCUGGUCACGUUGUCUGCAGGAUUUGUCCGCACUGUACGAGGGUCAUUAUGAUACCGUAACUGUCAAAUGCAAUGCUUCCAUGCAACUGCGUUACCUCUUGGCGUACGAAAAGGACCUUGUAAUAAAGGACCUCCACCAAUUGCAGCGGGAAUUUUCUCUCCUUGAGAAAAGCUGGGCCAAGUUAACUUCGUUACUGGAGGAGUUGGAUUUGCCAGUGCCCCCGUUAGCAGAAUGUGAGAAAGAUGUCUCCUGUGGGGAAUUUCGCCGCACCAUUUCUGAGCUUGUCAGUGGCCGUCUUAUUUGUGGCGAUUUUGCACGACUAUUGCCGAUUAGGGGAGAAGGGCGGUCCUCUCCAACGGCUGGGAAAAGGGAUAGUGCGACUGCCGGUGCUGGUGGCUAA